AGGUGCAAAUCCUUCCCAAACAUUAAGUCUCAAGUAAAAAUGCUUCUUCCUCCAGGAAAUCCUUCUCUCUUCAGAUGUAAAUUAAAUUUCCCUACCCUGAAUGCCUAUGGUGCAUAAUCAUACCUUUCUCACAGUCCUUUUAUAUUUUUUUGUUUGGCAUCACAGUAAUUCCCCCUGCAAGCUUCAUCUCAUCCACUAGACAGUAAGGUCCCUGGGGGUAGAAUUCAGGCUUUUGUGUUUAUAUCCUACAUCUACCACAUUCAAAUAUACAUAAAAACGAACACUAUAUGUAUGAAUAAAAUAUUCUGGAGGGGCGACUGGCUUUGUCGGGUGAGCAUGUGGAGGUGUUCCUGUGGCUGGACGUGAUUGGCGAUUCGCAGCAUCCUCGUAUCUGCUAACAGCUCAAAAUGCAGGUCUUCGUGAAGACCCUGACUGACAAGACCAUCACCCUUGAUGUGGAGCCCAGUGACACCAUCGAAAAUGUGAAGGCCAAUAUCCAGGAUAAGGAAGGCAUCUGCCCCGACCAGCAGAGGCUCAUCUUUGCAGGCAUGCAGCUGGAAGAUGGCCGCACUCUUUCUGACUACAACAUCCAGAAAGAAUCGACCCUGCACCUGGUCCAGCGUCUGAGAGGUGGCUGUUAAUUCUUCAGUCUUGCAUUUGCAGUGGCCAGUGAUGGCAUUACACUGCACCAGAGGCAUCUGCCCCCACUUAAGUUUAGAAGUUACAAGUUUCAGUAAUAGUUGAACCUGUUCAAAAUGUUAAUAAAAGUUUUGUUGCAUGGUA